AUGGAGGAAGAAAAAGUCCAUGCCUCGUUCGAAGUGCUGUACAAUAACGAGAAGGGGGAGCUGUACGUAACGAGCAGAUACCUAGUAUACAUAUCUGAGCAAACGAAAAAGGAAAAGGCCCAAAGCAACUCCCUUUUCCUCAUUGAUGACAUUGACUUGAAGCUAUGCAUAUUCAGUUGGAAGAAAACGGAGAAGUCAAAAAAGAAAAGUAAAACUCGAUUCACAUUUUCCAUAACGAACAAGAAGAAUAAUUUCUGUUUUCAUGACUAUAACAACACGGAGUCCUAUAUUUUUGAAUUCUUCUAUGAUGAACACAACAACAAGAUAUGUCAGAUUAUUAAUACACUCAAUAAGGACAACAUAAAGAAUCAUAUAUACAUAGAAUUUAACUUGCACUUAAUCAGAGACAAGUAUAAAGUGUAUGAGGAAUCCUCUGGGCCACUCACAAAAGAUCAAUCCAGAGGGGUCGCAGAAGAACAAAAAGGGGAUCAAAAUAUCCAUCAUGUUAGUAUAGAAGAUGUUCCCCCGAAAGAGAUUGCCUCCUCACAUUUUAUAAAAAAUGCAGACGAUGAACCCUGCCGGCAGGACAAAGACAUAGCAGCUAAAGGGGACUCUACUACAAAGACACGCGACCAUCUAAGUGAAAAAAAUGGGGAGAGUGACCAUAGCGAGGGAAGCCAUAUAUCAGAAGAUAACGCCGAGGAAAACGAGUCGCUAAGCAGUCUGCACCGAAUGUUCGAGACGGACGCACAGCUCAAGGGCCUAUACCAAAUGUGUAUCCAAAACAACAUACUAACGGAAGAAGAAUUUUACAAAAUGCACAAAAGCGACAUAUACGAGUACAGAAAUAUCAGCUCCAGUGCGGAGGAGGGGAUUCUAAAGGAACCCUUAUUCAUCACGGAGGAACAGAAAAUGGCAAAGAGCGUCGAAAUUAACAAACAGAUAAGCCGAGUCAUUCUGUCAGAAAACAAAGAAUUGAAGAAGCUGUACGAUUAUUACAUGGCCAACAACAUCCUGAACGAAAGCAAAUUCUGGUUCUUUCUCUUUAACAACAAAUAUAGCCAUUUAUUCUUUUACGAUAAAAAUGAGAAGGACAUAAUGGGGAAUAAAAAUUUCUUCUCCAUUAAGAGUGACCAGCAGAACAGGCCAGGAGGGGUCGCUACGGAUACAACUGCGCAUACGACCGAUGAUCGCAGGGAUGUAACCCGCACUACGGAUGAAGAAGAAAACACAUAUUACAAAAAUCUGUCCCUGUCAUACGACAUGGAUAAUCCAAAUCAAGACAUAAAAGGGACAUUGGAAAAAUGCAUUUUAAAGGAAUACUUGUCUACCAAGUCGUACAGAAAAAAAAACAUCCUUUUUGACAACAACUACUAUUUCAAUGAAGAGAGUGCCCAGGGGUUUGGACUAUUCACGAAUGAGAAGUAUUCCAAAGGGAGGAACUCCCACAAUCUCCUAAUUAACAAAUUUAAUAAUUACUGCAUUGGGAUGAUAAAGGACAAAAAAUUUACCCUCGACACUUUUUACGAAGAUUUGAAAAACAAAAUUGAGGACACCGAUUUGAAUCCUAUGAAGCAAAAAAAAGAGCUGCAAUUUCAAAUCAUGAGAAAAAAAAAAAAACGGCCUUGUGAUAGUGAGGCAGAUAAUGAAGAGUCGGCUCAGGCUGCGGACCGCCUAAAUGAGAAGUUUACCACGCUCCUGGAGCAGAUGAACACAUUUAAGCAGAACACCGGCAGGAAGAACUACUCCGACUUGUUCAACAUAGGGAGACUCCUAUUCGUCUCCAACACGAAGAAGUGCCAGAGCAACCAGUCCAUGCUCAUAGGCACGAUCGAGUACGAGCAGCACAUCCUCGACAUUGUGAAGGAUUACCACGUGAAAGUGAACUAUUUGCUUAACCUCUUCUACACGUCGUGCAUUCCGGAGCAGGCGAAGCGGAACAAGAUCCUGCAAAAUUUGUCCAAGAUUAAAGAGGAGAUACAAGCCAAGCAGGAGGAGUACAACAGCGUGCUCAUCAUGGGCAAGCCGCUGCUAAUUCACCUCUUUGAACAAAUAAGCAUCUGCAAGAAGUUUAACGAAAAGCUGGAUAGGUACAUCCAGGAAAAGAGGAAGAAGUCCUGA